UUAUCACCCAGCUAAAAAAGAUGGAGGAAAGCGCAAAAGGUCUAAUCAGAACAGAUAAAAACUCACGAACGCGAUGCGGUUUUUUUCUCUAACUAAACAAGAUUUAACAAAGCAAAAAAAUUGAAUCUAAAUUAACACGCUGCUUUUCUAUGACAGUUCACUUCAAAUUGUAAUAUCUGUUUCGUUAUAUGAUGAAAAUUAAACGUUAAAAUCGAAAAAAAAUCUCUACAAUUUGAAUUUUUAUUUUCCGCAGAGAAGAAAAUUUUGUAUAACUGAAAAAGAAAUAAGACUAACUCGGACUAUGCUCACGAACGAAUCGGUUGCCUGCUUUUACACUUCUCUACAACACAAGUUUUUAAUUAAUUUAAAUGAAAUCUCCAUAGCUGUGUGUGUGUGUGUGUGUGUGGAAUUAUUUUAUCUGUUCCCUUGACAUUUUCGAGAUAGAGAAACAAUCCCACGCGAAACAACAUUCAUACAAACUUUCUCAAAUGGAUAAUCAAUUAUAUCUAGCAUAAACACACUUUUGUUAACGUUCAUUGCAGAUAUAUCUAAUGAAUAUUACGUCUAGAAAUUCAGAGAAAUAAACGAGUUUUUAAUGAAAAGUUUUAAAUAAAUUUUUAAACGUUAACAUUACACAAGGAAAUACUGAGAACCGUUGAAAAAAAAAAACACAUUUUUAUUCAUGAAACAUUUGCAUACAGCUUCCAAUUUAUGCGUACAUAAGUGUGUUUGUGUAUACGUCUAUAUACAUACAUGUAUAUACACAUAUAUGUAUGUGUAUAUUUGAACGAUAUACUUUCCGUUUGGAUAAAUCAACAUUCUUCAAUGAACACGUAUCCGGAAUCGAAAACACGGCAUCGAUAAGAAUCUGCAAAAGCUCUUAGUAAGCAAAAUCUCGUGUAAUAAAAUAAAAUCACAAUUCACAAUAUAUCCAGUACGCGGAUAUCUGAUAAGAGAGAAGGGAGAGAAGGCGAAAAAUAUAGAGAGAAGAAAAAAUUCCGUUAAUGUAACAUGUACACAAUUUUUGUACAAGAUAAAACACACUGAAGAGAGAGAGAGAGAAAGAAAAAGAAAAAGAGAGAGCAUACGAAAGUGGAAAGAGAGAGGGGGAGAGGUUUAUUAAAACGCGCUAUAUAUACUUUUAAGUAUGUUAAGAAUGUUAAUAAUGCCGAGAGAAGAUGGUAUCGAUAUAUAAGUCGGUCAUCGAGAUGUUCUCGAAAAGAGGCAAAAAUGAGAUGCACAUUGGAGGAGAGAACGACGAAAGAGAGCCGGUGUUGAGGAAGAGUCUCUCUUGGCCUAUUUCUUUUAGAAAGGAAAUGAUGAUUACAGUUAAAGCGGUUGCUCCUCUCCUCAGCAUUCGUUCAGUUUUCUGAGGACUGCAUUCCUUACCGGUCUCACAUCACCACAGUUGCGUCCCUUUUGUGAGAGACUCGAUUUUACCAGUAUCCCUCAGACCGCGCGGGAAUGAGCCAACGAGAACAAAAGCAAAGCUGCGAGCAAUUCGUCUGCAUCUCUAGAAAAAUCUAGCAGCAUUGUUGUACUUAGAAGUUUCUUGUGUGAGUGCACGCAGGCCGAACAUAGAUCGGAACAACUGAGAAGGGCAACGGACAGAAUACAAAGAGAGAUCGAGGAAGUUACCGAGAGGGAGCACGAAUUGCGGAACGUGGGUAGCAUUAAGACGAUAUCUCACGAAACGGUGGAUUCCAAGGUGCGUCGCAUGCCUCAAGCUCUAUCAUCGGGCAAGCUGAAGAGAACAACGUCCACGCCGCAGAUACUGGAGGCGGUUAGUCUGACAUCGUUUUCGUCGAACCUGCCGCCAAAGAUGACGAACGGUGUGAUAUCCACGCGCACCACCCCGCAACCGUUGCGCUUCGCAAGCGCGCCAAGCCAGAAGGGUUUGAUGCACAGGUUUCUGGCCACACGGGGAAAGAUCUACAAGACCAAAUCGGCGAACAACGACAAUCUGGGUUCCUCAAUCACGCCAACUAUCGCGCUCAAUCCGCUGAGCAUCAAAGCCUUCAACAGAACGUUGGAGAUACAAUUGGAUCCGGAUGACGAGCCAAAGAAGCCAAUGGCGAGAAAGGGAUACAUUCCCGUCGAGCAAAAGAUCCAGAAGGAGUUGCACGACAUGAAGGAACGAGAGAACGAAUUGAGAUUGAUGAGAUCGCAGAUGCUGGCCAAGUCUCAGCCGAAUCUACUCGAUAUAGGAAACGAUAACGAUUCCGAUAUCUACGAUGGCUCCAAUUCGCUUAAAAGCGGCACUUCCACCAACACUCUGAACGAGGACGAGAUCGAGAGAGAAAACAAGGGAAAACACAAGCCUAAUCCACGACGUCGUAGCACGCUUAUCGCGCAAUGGGAGAACUUGAUAGCGGCCAAGAAAGAAUCUGUCGAAAAUAACAACGAAAACGAUAAUUAUUUUUAGAAGUUCUACAAAUCCACGUGUUGCGGUGCUUUUUUGGAUGAUUUUUUAUCCUCGCUUUUUUUUCUACUCUUAUUUAUCUCGCGAUAUUUGAAAUUGUAAAUUUACUUUAGAUUUAACGGCGUAAAUCUCUUGGCGUAAAAACAAAUUUGUGUUUAUUGUAACAAAAGCUGUUCCCAGAGGUUUUGCGUUGAAUGCAUAGGUAUAUUGAUUGCUCUGGUUUGUUUAUAUAUAGUUUAUUUAAGAAUCAUUUUUUAAAUUAAUUUAUGUAUUAUUAUACGUAUAUAUAUUAUUAAUUAGAAUAUACAUUGUAUCGACGAUAUACAGCUGCGUGUAUUUUCAGUAUUACGGUGGCAGCUAAACAAAAUGCCGUAUCUUGUUACGGAAAUCGAAGAACGUUUUAAUGAUAAAUUUUAAUAAAGAUUAACGUUAUGUAUAGAAUAUUGCGUAAAAUAUUUUCGUUUUUCCGCGGGAAACAAAAAAAGUUUACUAAAAAGAUUUCCGUAGGUGUGUUGUGAAAUUAAAAAUCGAGUCGAUAGCUCACAUAGUAAUAUAUAUGUGUAUAAAUAACUGUAGAAAUAUGUGUAUUAAUAACUAUAUAGAAAUUGAUUAUAAGAUUGUUUGAUCGAACGCACGUGUACGAAAAUGUAGUUGCUAUUAUAAUAGUGAAUAUAUGUGCAAUUACACGUUA